AGGGUUUACAGUUGGGUAAGUCUCCAGAACAGGUGGUAUCUCUCCACUCAUAAUCUCUCCCUCGUAAAAUCACCGAAAACAAACCAUAGGCAGCUUUGUCGAAAGAGAAAAAGACGAAGGUGAGCACGGCGAGCCCUAGUUGGCGAAGGGCUCCUCUCGCUCGAUCCGGCGGCGUUUCUGCUUCAGUUUUGUCUGCGGAUUCCCGUAGAUCUUCACCGAGGGGGAAGUCGUUCGUGGAGAUCUAGCAAAAUGCCGCCGGUGGAAACGCCCCGCGAGGAGAAUGUUUACUUGGCCAAGCUGGCUGAGCAGGCGGAGAGGUAUGAGGAGAUGGUGGAGUACAUGGAGAAUGUGGUGAUGACGAUCAACGGGGAGGAGCUCACCGUUGAGGAGCGCAACCUCCUCUCAGUAGCCUACAAGAAUGUGAUUGGAGCUCGUCGGGCGUCCUGGCGGAUUAUCUCUUCCAUCGAGCAGAAGGAGGAGAGCCGUGGCAAUGAGGAUCAUGUUUCUUUGAUCAAGGAUUAUCGAGCCAAGGUCGAGGAAGAACUCAGCAAAAUUUGCGAAGGUAUCCUGAAGCUGCUUGAUUCCCACCUCGUCCCCUCCGCUACCAGUGCAGAAUCCAAGGUCUUUUAUCUGAAGAUGAAGGGUGACUACCACAGGUACCUGGCUGAGUUCAAGACUGGAGCAGAGAGGAAAGACGAAGCUGAAAACACUCUUUUGGCAUACAAAUCUGCACAAGAUAUUGCUUUUGCUGAUUUGGCUUCUACUCAUCCCAUAAGGCUGGGGCUGGCACUUAACUUCUCUGUCUUCUACUAUGAGAUUCUGAACUCACCAGACCGUGCUUGUAGCCUUGCAAAGCAGGCUUUUGAUGAGGCUAUCUCUGAACUUGAUUCUUUGGGAGAAGAAUCAUACAAAGACAGCACCUUGAUAAUUCAACUUCUUCGAGACAACUUGACGCUGUGGACCUCCGAUAUCACGGAGGAUGGAACGGAUGAGAUCAAGGAAGCUACGAAGAAGGAAACAGGCGAGGGCCUGUGAACUUAAUUUAGUUCAUUUAUCUUGCUAAAAGAACGAAAUUAUCUGCUUGUAGUGUGGUAUUUUCCAUAAUAAAGCAACCAAUACUCCCUGGAGGAUUGAUAGCUGAUCCUA